AUGGAUGCAUCUGGUGAAGGAACCAGUAGAUCUGUGAGACGAAACCACGAAUACAUCAAAGGGCCUGCAAGGAGACGCCUGGGACGCACACAGAAAGUUAAAUCUGUGCCACAUCUCAUCAAGCAACUUAGAGAAACUGUGUUCACUGAUCCUGAUAAACACAAAACAAAGCACCAGGUUUUACACCAAACCAAAAACUAUAUUCAGGAGCUGGAAAAUACUCUGGAAGGCUUGCUGAAAAUGAGAGAUCAUAUCCACUCAGAAGAAAGAAUUCCUUGCAGCUUGGAGGAAGUGAAGGAGGACUAUUUACGGAUUUAUUGCUGUGAACUCAGCAUGCCUCCAGAGACAUUUACACUUGUGUACAAGGGGACAAUUUGCACCCAGGGCACACAUGACUUAGGCAGCCCGAAACUCUUUUCUGGACUGCCUAAUAUCAAUUCUGUGCAAAAUUUACGUUUGUCGUCAGUGCACCUGCGACAGAUCACAUCAGGAAUUGAAGUGAGAUCAGAGAGCGAGCCUGCAGUUUGGUGUUUCCAGCAAAGACAUGAGCAGAAUCUCCAGGAGACUGCAGAGGAAGCAAAGACUAAGUUAGGCCAGUCCCCUGGCUUCUCAGCGCCAGGCUUGAAGGAAUUUGAAAGGUAUUUGAGCUUCUACAAGCAAACAGUGGAUAUGUUAGUGGAAAAUGGGGUGGUAAUUAUGGAGAAUGUCACCCACCCUGUGGUGUCUAAAGCCAUUUGCAAUCUAUGGCAAGAGCUAUCACAGAAAGGCCGAGCAGAUCUCUACUAUCAUUGCCAGCAGCAAGAAUGCAGCACUGCAUGUUUCGUAUCCUGCCCCAAGGAACCAAGCUGUGGUUAUAGUUGCAUAAGGGACAGUGGAACAGAGAGUCAGGAGGCCAGUGGCUCAUUAGUGUCAUCUACUCCAGAAGAGAUUCUAUUUGAAGAUGCAUUUGAUCUAGCUGCUAGCAUACUGGACCACAGCACAGCUCAAAACACAACCAGUCCCAGCUCUACGUAUGAAUGUUCUUCCUGGGGAAGUCCAGAAAAUGAUUCUCAGCUCUAUGAUCAGAUCACUAGCUUUCUGCGCUCUCAUUUCCACGCGGAUAACAAGGUAAUGUACAAUGUUUAA